GAGAAGUCAAGCGAAAACUUACAAUUCUGCCUCAGAGCGCACGGUCGGAAAAAUAGAAAAUCAGUUCGGGUGAAAAUUUAGAGAAAUAACGUCACAGGUACGCAAGUACGCCAAAAUUGAAGAAGAAGAAUGUGAAAAUUUUCAUUUGUACAAAAUUAUAAAAAAAUGCAAGCUUGCAAAAGAAAUUUCACAGAAAUAUUACAUAAUAUGUAUUCGGUAAAAAACGCCAAUCACUUUAUAAGGAAAACUACUUGCGUCGGAUAUUGAAUUAAAAACGAAAUUCGUAAAAUUUUUUUAAUACAAUUUGAAUUUCAAUUUGAACAUAGGAGCUGAGCAGAGAAAAGUUCCAAAUUUUUUCACAUUGAGCAACAUUGAAAAGAAUUUUUAAUUUUUUACCUAAAAAUAUUAUAAAAUAAAAAAUACAAUUUUUGCAUUACAGUGAAUGAUAAGACUCGCCAUAAGUUGUUUAAACGGAAAAAUUUUGCGACAAAUCAGCGAAACUGGAACAAAAUUAAAAAUUUUAAUCUAUAAAAAUCGCGUUUCGCCGUGCAAACAAGUCUGUAUUUUUAUACUUUAGUACAUAGUGGCUUUAAUACAUAGCUCUACUAAAGAGGAAGGGCGACGUCGAGGGACAACACGACCAACGACCAAUAUACGGUCAGCAGUACGACGUUACCAUUAUUAAAGCAGAUAUACUAUUUGUACGUUGUUGUAGUUGGUGGAAGCUGCAUACUUUCCAUUGCUGUGGAGCACCCCGGAAAUGAAACAAGCAACAAUAUCCUGCGCCCUUUAAUUGUUGCUCUCAUCAGCUUUCAAACCGUAUUUACCGAUAUAGUCAUCAGUGCUUUUGUCACAAUUCACCUGGACGGCUUUCAGCAAGAAGUGUAUUGUUCAUUCGAAACUGUGGAGUUGAUAACAAAUCAUUUUGUAAAAUCUAACUUGCAACCUUAGGCAUAAAAAACACGCGUUGGUGCGUGUAGGCAUAUGUCUAUUUAGAUAGCUUUUACAUUUAUCAAUAGCUUGGUGAGUUUGGGUGAGUGCUGUUUCUCAACGAAUUAACGCGAUAUAGGCAAAGAUUAUUCAAUGGCCAAUAAGAGUCAAUAACAACAUUAUACAAUUACAGUAAAAACGAAACGAAAACAAAGCACGAAACUGUGACGAAACAAAAGAAAAUGCAGGCACUGAGAAAAUCGGCUAGGAAACUAACGUAAAUACUAAACUCAACCCAAAAGCAGAGCAAAGCAACGUUAAGAGAAACAACAUAGGCGAGUGAAGUAGCAACAACAGCAACGGCACUAAUCACUGUCGGAACGCACCGAGUGGCAUUAUCGAGUCGAUUAUCGGUAUUGGAGGAGAACCCAAUCUAUUGCUCAUUUGUUGAAUACACUUCAUACAGUAAAAUCUGUAAUUGAACUGAAGUAUCUACAAAAAAAUUAAUGAGAGCCGAAAUUAAUUAAGAGUCAAAAAUUGUGACUACCGGCUAAGAGUAAGAGUAAAGGUUUGGAACUCUUAUAAAAUGGAUUCACUUAAAAUUCCAAAAGGUGGUAACAGCAAUGCAGCAGUUGGUGGCGGCAAGCCCACUGGCAGUGUACCAAUCACCGUCCGGUUUAAUGCUGGCGAUGAAUGCAUUGACGAUAUAUUUCAGACAUUUCACAAUAGCAACAACAGUGGCUGUGGUAGUGGUGUGAGUGGUGGAGCCGGUGGUAAUGGAAGCGGAGGGGGUGGUGGCGGCGUUAGUGGCAGUGGUGGUGGUGGUGGUCCAAAUGUCGGCGGCGGGAAUUCCUUGUCGACCAGCCCAUCACAACAUCACCAGCUGCAGCAACAAAAUAUGGAAGAUGUAAAUACAAGGAAUAACUUUCUGCAAGGCAACUUCUUCAAUCGUAAAAGAUCGGGCAGCAUCGAAGGCGUUUCACCAACUUCUUCAGGAGAUAAUCUAAUAUCAACGUUGUCUGGCGAUACAGCAUCGGUUGGUACUUGGAGAUUAAUUAAGGGCAAAGUUUCGCAGACCUUUGAGGAUAUAAAAUCAUCGAAAACGAGCUCUCAAGCUUUGUCAACGUCAGUACCAAAAGUUGAGAGCCCACGGCAACAUUUCCAACAACUACUAAAUGACCCAGAAUCUGAUCCCGACAAUCCCACUACACACUCAUCCAUAAGCGACGAUUUGCUAUUUGAUUUGGAACGGAAGUCACCCCAUUUGAAAGGUGGCGAUUCUGAUUCCUCCGCCGACGGCGAACAAUUGCCUGAAAGUGAAGCGGAACAUUCAAGAUUGCGUCGCGGUCUAGCAAAUCUCAAAUCUAAAGUGAAAUCAAAGCCGCAUCAUCACUCCCAAUCUCACCAAUCGAGUUCACAUUCUGCACAACAAACCGGUCUUGCGACUGCAGCACUUUCAUCAGCUACAAUUUCCACUGCGUUCGGCACCGCUGCCAUAAAACCAAUGAAGAGGGAAUCGACUGGAUCCAAUUCGUCUUCUAAGGGUUCAUUACGUGAUGCUUUCUUACGUCGACGACGCCCAUCCCCGACAGAUCAAACAGAUCGUACAGUGUUGGUUCCACGCUUGGAGCCAAAUGAAGCGCAACCAACAGACAAAAAAGCGUCUGCUAAGAUUAAAAAACGAGGAAUAAUUUCAGGCAAAAAAGAGGUGGAAAUCGAGUCAGGAGUCGAAAUGAUGGAGGAUACAUUACCAACUUUACCAGAUGACUCAAAUAGAAUCGAUGAGCCUGGAACUUCUAUGGGUCAUCGCAAUGAUUUACACUUGCAUUUUAAAAGUGAUGAAGAAUGGUUUAAAAUUGGCCCCUCUCAAAGCACCUAUAAUGAAGCAGCGGAAGUAGGCGACCACCAGCAGCAGGAAAUCAACACGCAAAGACGGGAUGAGCAGAUACUACCAAGAGAAAAUGAACGUGAAUGCAAAAACAUACAAGCAAAAACAAAAUUUGCGACCAGCAUGCCCAUAAGUCGGGUGGCAGUACUGUUGAUUGUGUUGCUCUUGCCCGUACAUGGUUUUAUACGCGGCGUACUUGCGUGUCUUAUGAGCUUCGCCAUUGCCGAUUCGUUAAGUAUAAUAGCGCAAGCUUUUAUUUACAAAUUUUUCCAAUCUCAUCCUGAACAGUCCGAGUUCGAGAUACCCGACUACACAAAAUUGCCGAUUUGUAAGGUACCUGCAGUAGAAGAGCAUAAGACAGUCAAAUCAUACACAGGUUGGAUGAACGAGAUUUUUAGCUAUGACCCCGUAACUUUUCAUAUAACACAGACCAAUUCGGUUUAUUUGCGACUCGAUGGCACAAUUCUGCGUGUCUCAACAACAUUGGCGCGUAUACCCAAGCGGGUCAUGUGGAACGAGCAACCCAUAGAUAUAAAACACAUACAUUUUACUGGACAUCGUAUUUUCAAUUUACUUGGUUGCAAUGUCGAACUUUUGCCCUUGGGAUUGGCGCGCAAACGCUAUUUUAAUCGCAAGUAUCCGAUUCAGUUGAUCAUCAAACGUAGCGCUGAAGACGAUACGUAUCUGGAUCUAUCGGAACAGCCAUCCAAUGAACACUCUGCAACGGGUAGUAGGACAGAAGUGCACUCAACCGAUAGCAGGCUAUCACAAAUUUCCAACGAAGUUCUGGAGCAGUACACGGAUUUGAAAGAAACCAAUGCUAAUUCGCAGGAUGUUGAUUUCGCAUCUGCCAUUAUGAAUGCGGAUUUGCAACAAUUACAAGAUGACACACAAAACAAUGAUACACUUAUACCAUGCGGUGACGAAGUGCGUCUGAUACUGUUUGCGCGUGCCGAUCGCGAGAAAGAGGAUUGGUACCGACGUUUUGUUGCGGCAAGCGAGGGCGACGUGCACGAUCAAGUGCUGCGGUUGCCGAAUCUUAAAUUAGUAGAUGAUGCUGAACUGCAAAGAGCAGCUGCAAAAGCAGCACAAAUGCCCUUGGAUCCCAAUGCAAAGCGAGACGUUGGUUCUUCUGAAAAUGAUAAUAAUGCGGACAAUGAGUCGUUAGUAUUGCCCCCGGAUAUGGCGCCGCCGUUAGUGGUUGAGAGUAAAUCGGAAUUCAAAGAUAUUCCCGAUGAUAUGGAAGUGGUGCUUACACCUACUGAGACCUUUGAAGGUUUACUCAUGAGCUCAUGUGCUGCGCGAAACCCCCAGGACUACAUACGUUUCAUGGCUAUAUAUCAGGGCGCUUGUAAAGAAGAUAGAAUUCCAGUUUAUGCCACACCAAUCCCAAGGGAUAAGCAUGACAAAUCACGCCGCUCUAGGCGCAACGCGAACGAACUAUGGAAAGGCAUUGAUCAAUCUUUAUUUUUGGGACCUUCCGGAAGCGUUGUAUGGGCCAAUGUGUUAAUUGGUCGUGUUCUCUAUAGCUGCCUGCAUGACAGUAUGGUUAAAGAUAAGAUCAAAGAAUUGCUACAGAAAAAAAUCAGCGCCAUUAAGCUGCCCUCUUUCAUAGAGGACAUUAUUAUCACAAAAAUAAAUCUCGGAGAUACACCGCCACUUAUACAUCGCGUCUCACAACCUUUUCUGGACGAGCGUGGCACUUGGGUGGAUGCCGACAUCACCUAUGAAGGUCUGCUGCAAUUGACAGUCACUACCAAAUUGAAUUUGAUGCGCAUUAAACAACAGAAACGACCUACAGAUGGAAUAAACAUAACCGUUCCCAACCCAAUGCAUACUGUUACUAAUACUAGUGCCCCAAAUGGAACUUCUAGUACCGGUGUUACUAAUACCACUGCAAUACCACCCAUAAAUGUGAUAUCCGAUGCCGAGGCUGGAAGAAUCCCAACUACUAGACUACCCUUAGAUGAACUUAAUGCCGAUGAUGUCGCGACUAGUGUCAUCUUUGACAGUGAUGCGGAGAGUACGGGCGAUUCGGAUACAGAUCCAGAGAGUGUGAGUGCGCCAAUGGCGAGUACUUUAUCAAACGUCGGCUUGACAUCAUCUGCGUCUGGUAUAGCACCGCAAUCCGAUACUGCUACAGGCGCGCAAUCAGACUAUAAUUUCAUACCAACGGCGCCUGGCAAUGCGCGGCGUAUUUUUCGCAUUGUCGAUCGAAUUGCGGCUUCAAAUUUCUUUCAAUAUGCCACGGACUUACCAGUUGUGCAGCGUGCCAUUGAAAAUAUGAAUACAAAUAUAACGUUGCGUAUAGAUCUGAGAGGGCUGGUUGGACGUGGCGUAAUUAACAUUCCACCACCACCGUCUGAUCGCAUAUGGCUAUCCUUUCGUGGUCCGCCCCGUCUUUGGCUAUCAGCAAAGCCAGCACUUGGUGAAAAAUCUGUGGACUAUUCCAUUGUGACAAGCAUCAUCGAAAGCAAAUUGUGCGAGGUGGUGAAUAAGUUUCUGGUUUACCCCAAUAUGGUCGACGUCACCAUACCAUUCCUGGGGCAACCAACAUACGAGUAUUUGCGUGGUGAAAAAACAAAACGUACUGAAUAAAUUUGUAAUUGACAAGUUGCACAUAAAAAAUAAUGUUAUGUUAUAUAACAGUUUCGCAAAAAUAUUUUUGAAUACAUUUUUUUUUUUAUAAAAAUAUGUCACUUGAUAAAAAUGUGUAAAAUAAUUAAAAAUGUAUGGUAUGCACCAACGCUUCGUUCCGGAAUAUAUUCCUCUGUCGUGAUAACUUCCGAGUACGUUCCGAAAUAUAUUCCUACAUGCAAGUCUCUGUCGUGAUAGCAACUUUCCAAAACAUAUGUAUACAUAUGCAUACAAGCUACAAAAAUAUAAUAUUUAUAAGUCGUAAUUCCAUAUAUUAUACAUUUCAUAGAUUAACUUAAAAAUAAAAUAUGAGUUUUUUCCAUUUUUUAUAUUUGUUAAAUUUAGUUGAUAAUAAAAUAUAUGUAUAUCGAGCCUAGCUAACUUAAGUGAAUAUUUUUAGUUGGGUAAAUUUACAACACACAUACAUAUACGAGUAUACAAAUAAUUAUGUAAUUCACGCACACAUCCCAUAUUAAGUGCUACAUCCAAUUUCUGGCUGAUGGUUUUUAAGAGUAACUUUUUUAUGGCAAAACCGCUAUUAGUAAGGAUAUUUUGCAUAAUUUCGUGUUUUAUUGGACAUUAAGUGGACAUUAAACCCCGAACUCGCACAAACCCACUUGGCUAAAGAAACAUCGAUAUGUAUGCAGAUAUGUUUGUAUGAAAAUGAAUGCCCAUCGUUAACUUUCUAUUCACUAUCAAGUAUUCGACUUCUUGGGGAUUACGAUCAGGUAUUGCUUUCAAAUUGGUUGAGGAGAUUAGAUUAAUUUAAAAGUUAGGAUAGACCUAAAGAAUUAAUUUAUUAGAAUAUAAUUUUAAACAGCGUUGUCUCGCUAGCUUCCAAUACGAAGUUAAUAAAAUCGCUGAAGGAGGGAAUAUUACACCAAAAAUGCAAAUAAAAUUAAAAUAAAAGUAAAUUACAAUUCCUUAAUUUUUUAAGUUUAUUUGAAAUAACAUUUCAUAAACUUCUCAAGUAAUUUGUUACGCUGCUUUAAAGGGACAAAUCUCAACCACUUUAGACCUGAAAAUAGAAAAAUAUUGGGCAAUGUCAGCGCAUUUCAAUUACAGGAUUAUCAUCGCGUGAAAACUAACAGUUAUUGCAUUUAGUUAAAGGCUAAUUUCUCUUCAUGAGUACUAGUAGCAAAAUUCAAUUUAAGCACCAAAUAAAUGUGAUACUUAUCUGUAGCUGAAAAUGGACUGAGACACUUCGAAAUUUGAAAUCGAUAUUGUCACUGACAAAAUUGAGAUCUAUUGAGCUUGUUUUGAAAACAAUGAAUUUGCACUAAAACUAGGGCUUAGAAUAUUAUCAACGACAUAAGAAUCGAUCAUUGAUAAAAAAUCAAGUUUAGAUGCAUUAUUAAGUAGGUAGGGUGGUUGUCGUAAUGACACACUUAGACCUGUCGUAGGUACAUUGUGAUACCACUGGAACUUAUCCUUACACUAUGGAUUCCUUUUUAAACCAUUCUGUAUCUUUUAUAAACGAGCAAAGCUUCGUUAGUUUUAGGUACAUAUAAGAGUGAGAAAACUCCUUUGACUAAGCCUUCCCACUUACAUAAGACGUGCCCGACUGUUUCUUCUUCUGUGGGUGUCAUAACUUUCUGUUGUGGUUACCUAAUAAACAAUGACCAGUUAAUACACUUAUCAUGUUUCUUGUACCUUCUCUAUUAAAUCUCAAUAGGCUUUUUAAGCGACCGCUGUUCCAUUUCGACCAUGUCAGUUUGCUUAGUGGUUUGAUGGUUUCCCUAUCUAUGAGUAAUUCACAAGUGGCCAUGGGCAUGGGUAUCAACGUCUUAUCCAAUUGCAUAUCAAGAGUUGUAACCAAUUAGAGAAGGUUCAUCUGCUUUGCAGUUUCCUGCUAUAUUCCUUUGACUUGGCUCCCAAAUAAGGUGUACUUUGAGAUACGUCACUUAGAAGUUCAAAACAUUCUAUAACGAUUUUUGACGAUUGUGUUUUGGAUUUUAUGGCUGGUUGACUGCCUCUUUUAUAGAGUUCCGCUUGAAAUACACGGCAAUGUUCAGGUAGGGGAAAUGAUUGGUUGACCCCAAGUUUAACAUAGUAAACCCUUCCACCUGGUUUGUUAUCUUGCUUUGAGUCAUAUGUAUAGAUGUUUAUAUCAUAUUCGUUAAGAAUAAGUCCGUUAUCACAUUCCUCUUUCGAAGGAAACGCCGCAUCAUAUAAAUAUCAAAAUUGCUCUCAGGUGGAUACAUCCCACGCAGUAAAUACAACGAGCACGCACCUGAGUAAUCCUUAAUAUAUAUACAUAUUUCAUUUUAAAACUAAAUCGUUAUUGCUUAAGGAAACCUGGGAAACGCGCAGAUUCCGUCGAACUGCAAUAAGAAUUCCAACCACCAGGAGUAAGACUCGUUCUGUUAACAUCACAAUCUUUGCGGAAUACUUUAAAUAAGUUCACAUGAAAAUAUUCACUUUCAAAGAAAUUUGAAUUCAGCUUAGAUUUGCUAGAGCUUGCUAAGUUUGGUCUUUUGGUGACUUUUCCCGUUGAAAAACAUUCAAAGGGUCGAAGUUCCACGUUUACGGGUCGUAGCACAUGACUUAAGAGUUUGUGUAUAAAAAUGCCUUAACACCCAACUUGAAAUUCACCUUCUCUAGUGAAGAAAUGUCAGCAGGAUAAAUUAUCUUUAUCAAUACCAGCAUUUUUAGAAGCGAAAGAAAAAGUAUUUUCGCCAGAAUCAUUAGGCGUAAAAGAAAACCAAUAAAUGUAACAACAUUCUUGAAUUAAAUACAUUCAUAUCUUUGCUACUAUUCCGGCCAAUAACAAUUUUAUAGAACGAAAGGUUAAAACACCAUUUCACAUAGGUUUGCUACAUAAUUUUGUAUAUUUUUUUAUUUAUUGAUUUAUAUAAAUUUAUACUACAUAAGUGUAUAAUAAAAAUUCAGCACUGGCUAUCUGGUCGAAGUUAGACGGUGUUAGGACGCAAGGUUGGAUUCCGUCUGGUUUAUGAGAAAGCAGUAUAAAUAUAUUAAUACUAAGCGCUCUGAAAUAACAACUCAAACAACGGCUGAUAUUUUCAAAUUAUAUAAAAAUAUGGUUCAGUAUUUUAAUGAUUUUUGCUUUACCAAACUUUCUAAUUACUUGUGGCAUACCUUCAACUCCGUUCAUCUCUUAGUUGUAAGAGAAUUCUCCCAGUUUUUAGCUAUAUCUGACUAAUAUAUUCGUCUUUGGAUCUGCAUUGUUUCAUGAUUAUUCGCAUAACAUUGGGCCAUUUCGCACCCGGAAAAUGUAAUUUCGCUUUUUAUGCGCGAGGUUGUCCCUAUAAAAAUAUUUCACUUAAGAAUUUACAUCACUUCUGAAAUAUGGGCGUAACAUCAAUUCACCUCUUAUUCUUGAGCAUGAAAUCCUUUGCAACAUUUGUCAUAAGAUUUGAUCAAAUAGUUUUUUAAUCUGGUUUUGAAAUUUCACUGUUAUUUACUAUUUAAAGUGCUUUUUGAGUGAUCAUAUUGACCCAGGUUCAGCAGCGCAGAACUAACCAAUAGUGGAUUGUUGUUGCGUCAUAAAUAUUCCCCGUAAAUGUUUGGGGAAUAUUGCUGGAGUGUCAGUCCUUGGCACUGGAUAUAAAUCUGGAUCGUUGAAGUAAAUUAGAACAGGCUGCCAUGGGCCAAUAAUAAUAAAGUAGUGCGCCAAUAUUACAGGCUUAUGUAUAUGUAUUUAUGUAUGUUUGUAUAGUUAUUAGAACAAAGUUCGGUAGGUGUAUGUGAAAGUUUUUUUUAUGAUGUUUAUUAAACGAAAAUCAAAUUAAUUAGAAAAUAUUAAAUUACUAAACUAACAAAUGGAGGGAAAACGCAACAAUAUAAAACCUAGUUUACACAAUGCUUAAUAGCCUAGGCAGACAGUGGCGUUAAUCGGGAUUACUGCAGCAGUUAAUUCUGAUUAAAAUUGUACUGCGACAGACGGUUGUUAUGCGGAUUAAUGAAGGGCUGAUUUGUUCAUUCAAUAAAAGAUGGAUUGCAAGCGAUAAAUGCGGGUAUUAGCUGCCUCAAUACUAAGAAAUAUAUAUAUUUUUUUAUCUUAAAUUGCUAUUUUUAAAAUUUGGAAUUUCGAACGUAUUAGUGUAAACUAGCAUUGCAUCUUUUCUCUUUCGACUCUUUAAAAAUUUCAUUAUUUUAUAGUUAAAAGUUAUAUUUAGUUCACAAUAGAUACUAAAUGUCAUUUUUCGGCUAUGUUGCCAUCGAAAAUCCCCCUAAAUUAUGAGAAUUAAGUAUAGUUGUCAAUCCGUAUUAGUUGCACGUAAAUCGUUAAUACCGAUUAACGCCGUCGUCUGCCUAUGCUAUAAAGCUUAUUUUACUAUUAUUCAAAUGUUUAAAUUUGCAAAAUUAUUGUAUUAGGAAAAUCCAUCUAACAACUAUAAUUCUGUGAGAGUUAUGCAUAUGUAUGUAUGUACAAGUAUAUCCAUUUAAAAAUUUGUCAACUAGUUAUUCCUAGACAUAUAAGCAGAUAACAUAUGUAUAUGUAAUACUUUGUAACUAAUACUACGUGUGGAAUUUUUGUUCUAUUUUUCUACCUAUGGUAGCUAAUAACUCGUCAAACUAUCUCGCUCUAUUUCUCUCUAUUUACUGACUUUCUUUAUUCUUCUUUUAAAAUAGAAAGUAAAAAUAAAUAUCAAAUAUUAAAUAUGAAAUAUCUAUAAUAGCAAUACGUCUGAAAUAGAUAAGAAAUAACUUAAAUAAAAAUAGGCUCUACGCACACGCAGUCAUUCAAACCUAUAAUUCUCACUACUUGUACGCCCCCGAUAAUCGCUACUGUUGGCUAAAAUUUGCAAUUAGUGCAAACUCUGUCAUCGUGAAUUUCAGAUUUUUAUUAAUUCGAUAACUGCUCUUUUUCUUUUUGAUUGGCACGAUGACCACUUGACAUCAUCGGCAUACGCUAGCAACAAUGGCACGUUAAUAUCGAAACGUAUGUCUGUUUGAAAACUAGUUUGGUAACAAAUGGUUUGGAGGGGUAUUUCCGAAUUUCGACGGAGCUGACGAAAUGAGCAGCCGCAUUAGUCUUGCGAAGAUACCAAAUUUAGACAUCGCGGUAGAUAGGCAAGUAUUUUUCUUGCUGUCGAUAGCUACUUCAAUAAAUGCUACGCUAGCAUUAUUUUCCAUAUUUGUAAUACAAAAAACAUGAAAAGAAUUUAAUUUGUUUACAUAAACCUAGGCUUUCAUGUGUAAAUAACUCUGAAGGUGUUUGUUUGAGGCAUUGAGCAGGCGAUUCAUAUAAAAAGACAAUUUGAAGUCUGUAAUUUUCCUGACCUAUGAUUGAAUAAAAAAGUAAGCGCGAUUAUUGCGGCCAGCGCUGGUCACGUUUAUCGGGAAGACACUGUAUAUAAAGUCUAUUUGUCUCCACCGAAUACAUUCCUUUGCAAGCAUUUAAAAUACCUACAUAUAUACGUCCGCAUUUUUAUACAAACGCACUUAUUUAUUGAAAUCUGUCUGUACGUUUAUAAUUAUUAUAAGUUAUUUAAUAUACUUUCUGGUAUACAUACUUGUAUAUAUAUUUUUACUAAUUACCAUAUACAUAUAAUACAUAUUAUGUUUAUGGUGUUUAUUAUUUACAUGCAAACAUAUUUUUAUUUAAAACCAAUUUGAAGGAAUCAACCUAUACGUACACUUUUUCUGUGAAUCAUUUUACUAUUAUAUUAAAUUAUGUACAACAAAUUUACACAUUUCUACUGAUUUUAGCUACAUAUGUAUGUGUGCUGAAUAUAUGCAUAAGUAUAAUAUACGAGAUAUCUAUGUACAUGCAAACAGAUCUAAGAACUUAAUGCAAUUUCAUUUUGAAUUUUAAAUAAAACUUCAGCUGAACAUAAAAA